AUGACUCCGAGGGAGGAUGUUCGACUGGCGCAGCGUGCGGCCUCGCCAAAAUCGUCGUAUCAGUGGGAAGGCGACGCCACCUCGUCUUCCUCCAUGCCAUCCAUAGUGUUCACGUUGUUGUCUACCCCUCGAGAGGACAUCGCAGGCGAAGAGCUGCUGAGGGUUCGGCAGGACAGACCGCAGGUCCCCGCUCAGGGAAGUGGGGCUCUCGAAAGUUGUGACAGCGCAGGUGACAGCGCACUGCUGCUUCGGGGCCCUCGCCGAGGGAGCGAGGAGCAUUCACCGAGCACCUUGGGAUUUCGAGCACCUACGGCUGCUGCACCUUCUUCUGGCGAGCGAGGCGCGGGGUUGCCUCCGGUUGCGUUGUCAGCCCUCUCCUGCUUGCCUUCACCAAUGCACGCUGGGGCGUCUGUCUUGUCUGACGAGGCGCGGAUGCCCGCUGCUGCUGCCUCCGAUCCUAACGAGGGAAAGACAGAGAUUUGCUGUGCCGGGAGGGAGACCAAGAGGACAUUGCACCUCAGCGGUGCGAACAAGUCUCCAGCGCUGCGACGACCUCUUGAACAAGCGCCGCAAGGCACACUCGAAGAGUCUUCAGUACACUCGAACGCAGGAAUGCUUAGACGACCUGCUGCUUUCCCACCGUCAGUGCAUGCGUACCCGACCCAGGCUCACGCGCCUCAGACCUCUUCCGAAGAAUCUCUGGAUGACGUGAGUCCGAAUCUGAAGUUACUUUCCCAAGACCCCCACCAUACAGGUAGCUGUGUCGCUAGCACAUCUGGCGAGGUGGCAGCGCAACCGCUGAUUCGGAGAGAGACGACUGACCAAAGCAUGCUGAUCGCUGCAGCUCCGCUUCAGCAACAGGUACGGGACGAUGUGGCAGAGGGUGGUGUGGAAAAGGCCCUGACUGUCGUGGAGGAGGAGCAGCCUGAGAGCUCCGCCCUUUCAACUCAAUCCUCGUUUGUGUCGAUCGACUCAUACCAUGCAGAGGAGCUCGUGCCUACCUCCGCAGUAGCGAGGAAGCCUGCAGAUGAGCCUCUUCACGCUGCAGCAGUACAAGCCGAGCUGCUACGUCAUUACCGCACUGUAAAGUCUUCGUCUGCAGUGGUCGAGUCACGCCUUGACAGCCGUGUUGGUCAAACGACGAGCCUUCAAUCGCACGCGCAAGUCUCAUCCCACAGGGAAGAAAUAAUCAGAGCUGUAGAGGACAAACUAGUGCUGUGUGGGCACGACGGGGUUGUUCCCUCAUCAUCCUUGCUGCUGUGGAACGCGUCGGUAGAUAUUGAUGCGGAGCUCCGCAGGAUUGCUCCUGCCGCGGUAAGUAGCGAAAGCGAGGCCAGCUGGAGUGUGGCGACCGACGUAUCCCAGAUGAUUGCCCGCGGCGGUGUCGGUGCGCUUCCUGCGUGGAGACUUCCGGUGCCGCCGACGAACUGCACGCAGGUAGCGGCCGCAUGGGAGACGCGUCAGCGGGCAGCCGUCGCUGCCGACCUCACCAACUUCUCCCCCACUGUCGAGCAGCCCAGCCGACUUCUCAGCGACCCUGUUUCAGAGAGCCAGACGCAGCAGCUUGUGGCAGCUGUGGUGCGGUCGAUGCCGCCGUAUCCGCCGCAAAUGAAAGGGCCGGUGGGGAGGGAGGCUCUGGACUCACUGCGGCUGCCUAACCUUCAGGAAAGCGGCCCCUGUAGUCCCGCACCGCCGUCGGCAGCAGCGAGAGCAAUCGCAGCGGUGGCUGCAUCUGUGGAGAAUGGCGCAACGGGUGCGGUUCGACGUGAGGUAGUGGCAGAGAAGGCGGCGGCACUCGCCGACGGGAGGGCCACCGAUGACGCUGCCAAUGGCGCUGUCUCUUCAGACCCCGUAUCAGCGCUUGUCAGUGCUCAAAAGGCGAAUGCUGGCGGUCUCCCCGUUUCGAGGAGCGCACACCGUUAUGACGCUCAUCAACGAACAGUGGCGGCGGUGUCUCGAGAGAAAUUGUCGUCCCUGGAAGAUACGGAUCAGCCAGCAGCAAUAACGAAUGCGGUGGCGGUGUCGUCGCCGGUGAAUGAUCUGCCUCGCCCUCCCACCACGCGGCUUCCUCCGAGGCGCUUCGCCGUUGGCAGCAAAGACCGGCCAGCUGAAAAGACAACGGAGGACCUGGCCCUGCGCGUGGAGAGUGUGUGUCCUCCAAACCGCGCAGAGUCGACCCAUAGGAUGGAAGAGACCGGCGAUUUUGCCGCAGAAGGCAGCGCAGACCGACGAGCUCUCGUCCGCACAUCCCUACCCACUUCACCGGCUGAUACACGCGCA